ACAGCGAAUCAAGCAGAUUUGUGAAAGGGGGGCAACAGAAUCCGCAGCGAGAGAAACAGAUAGAAAGAAUAGGAGGACACCCUCAACUUGGUUCCCCCGGAGUGGAGCAGCUCCUCCUGGUGCGGUGCAGUCUCGGCUCUCCGCCGGACCGGGCAUGCUCGACCCGCCGCGGAGAGAGUGAUCCGCGCCGCAGCGAGCAAAGAUGCAGGCGGAGGACAUGGAGGUACCUGUCAUUAAUAACCUUAACGAUAACGGCGACAGACAGAGGCCGAAAGGGAAAGAUGUGUUCAAGGAUCAGCAGAAAGAGUCGGAGAGCUCCAUGGAGUCUCCAAACCUGGAGUUUGAAUAUGGAGACUCGGACAUGCUCACAGCGGAGCUCUCAGAGCUGUACAGUUACACAGAAGAGCCAGAGUUCGCCCUGAACAGAGACUACUUCGAGGAGGACUUCAGGAGCCAUGCUCAAGGCAGAAGGUGGACGGUGCUGACGGUGGACGAGCAGAGGACGUACGUCAUGAGACUGCUGGACGCGCUGGAGGUGACGGACAGGGACAAGAGGCUGAAGGUGGCCAGGGCCAUCCUCUACCUGGCUCAGGGUGUGUUUGAUGAGUGUGACACAGAGGUGGAUGUGCUCCACUGGUCCAGACACAACAUCUUCCUGCUCUACGACAUGGGCAUCUUCACAGCGCUGCUGGAGCUGCUCAGCAUGGAGAUAGAUAACAGCCAGGCGUGCAGCAGUGCAGUGAGGAAGCCUGCCAUCUCUCUAGCAGACAGCACCGAGCUCAGAGUGCUCCUGAGCAUCAUGUACCUGAUGGUGGAGACCAUUCGUGUCCAAACAGAGGAUGACCGACCCGAGUGGAGGGCAGCCAGAGAGACCUUCAAGAACGAGCUCGGGUCGCCUCUGUACAACGGAGAGCCCUUCGCUCUGCUCCUCUUCACUAUGGUGACCAAGUUCUGCAGCAUGAAUGCGCCUCACUUCCCGAUGAAGAAAGUGCUGCUGCUGCUGUGGAAAACUGUGCUGGUUGUUCACGUUGGGGGCUUCGAGGAGCUCCAGCAGAUGAAGGUGGGGGCCCGGGAGCGCCUCAGCUUGCCCCCGCUGCCGGAGGACAGCAUCAAGGUGGUGAGAGCCAUGAGGGCGGCGUCUCCCCCGGCCUCGGCCAUGGAGCUCAUCGAGCAGCAGCAGCAGAAGAGAGGCCGCCGCAGCCGCAGGAGUGCCUUUGUUGAUAGCUUGGAAGGAGACAGUCCCUUUCCCAAGAAGCAGCCCCUGGUCAAGCAGGACAGCCUGGACACCUACAACGAGCGGGACCCCUUCAAGAACGAUGACGCCCGUGACGAAGAGGACGACCCGGAGGACACGGACAGCGGCAUCGAGGGGGAAGUGGACCCCCUGGAUCGGGACGUCAUCAUCCAGCCUCCGCCGCCUCCGCCUCCACUGAGACCCCCAACAGAGAGGGUCAACUUCCCCAAAGGCCUGCCGUGGGCCCCCAAAGUCAGGGAGAAGGACAUCGAGCACUUCCUGGAGACCAGCAGGAACAAGUUCAUUGGUUUUACAUUGGGAAAUGACACGGAAACCCUGGUGGGGUUACCCAGGCUCCAUGAGAGUGUCAAGACCCUCAAACAGCACAAGUAUGUGUCGGUAUCUGAGAUCCAGAUCAAGAGAGAAGAGGAGCUCCUGCAGUGUCCACUCAGUCUGGGUGAGGAGGAGGUGGAGGAAACCCCUGCUGAGAUUUUAUACGUGGGAAUGCUUCCUAAUCUCUCGCAGUACGUGAUUGCCCUCCUGAAGCUCCUGCUGGCAGCAGCUCCGACAUCCAAAGCCAAAACUGAUUCAAUCAAUAUCCUGGCUGAUGUGCUGCCCGAGGAGAUGCCCAUCACCGUCCUUCAGAGCAUGAAGCUGGGGAUUGACGUGAACCGUCACAAAGAAAUCAUUGUCAAGGCCAUCUCCGCCCUGCUGCUGCUGCUGCUCAAGCACUUAAAGCUGAACCACAUCUACCAGUUCGAAAUAGUCUCCCAGCAUUUGGUGUUCGCCAACUGCAUCCCGCUCAUCCUCAAGUUCUUCAACCAGAACAUCAUGUCCUACAUCAGUGCCAAAAACAGCAUCUGCGUGCUGGACUUUCCCCACUGCGUGGUCCAUGAGAUGCCUGAGCUGACGGCCGAGAGCUUGGAAGCAGGAGACAACAACCAGUUCUGCUGGAGGAACCUUUUCUCCUGUAUCAACCUGCUGAGGAUCCUCAACAAGCUGACCAAGUGGAAACACUCCAGAACCAUGAUGUUGGUUGUUUUUAAGUCAGCCCCCAUCCUGAAGAGAGCUCUGAAGGUCAAGCAGGCCAUGAUGCAGCUCUACGUGCUCAAGCUGCUCAAGAUUCAGACCAAGUACCUGGGCCGCCAGUGGAGGAAGAGCAACAUGAAGACAAUGUCGGCCAUUUACCAGAAAGUCCGCCACAGGCUCAAUGACGACUGGGCCUACGGGAACGAUAUCGACGCUCGACCUUGGGACUUCCAGGCGGAGGAGUGCGCCCUGCGGGAGAACAUCGAGAAGUUCAACAGCCGGCGCUACGACAGGAACAGAAACGGCGACUUCGCGCCCGUGGACAACUGCCUGCAGAGCGUGCUGGGCCAGCGCGUGGAGCUGCCGGAGGACUUCCACUACAGCUACGAGAUGUGGCUGGAGCGAGAGGUGUUCUCUCAGCCCAUCCAGUGGGAGGGGCUGCUGCAGAACCCGUAGCGCCCGACGCUGGGAGGAAGCGGAGGCGGCAGGGAGACGUGGCACUGCAGAUGUCGACUGAAGUGUGUUUUUUUUUUUAAAUUUCAGAAGUUAGCUGAGUUUCACUGAAAGGCGACAGCAUACAACAAUAUUUGUAUUUGGUCAAAUCUCAGGAGGAAGGAGAAACGCAGGUAAGAUCAGGUAGAUUUGAUGCCGCACAUUUACAUUUUCUACGAUAACGUGCCUAAGACUACUGUGAAUCCGUAAGCACAUCAGAAUGAAAGUAGCAGCUCAAAAACCUUUCAGAUUGUUGUAGCACGACACUGUUUCAGCCAGUUCUACUGCCCCCCCCCUCCCAAAAAACCCCAGUCCCUCUUCUUUAGUAAGUCGGUGCUCUUCUGAUUCCUUUGUUAUGUUUUAUUUAUUUUUAACUUUGAAUUAGAAACAUUUUCUAAUGUUUUUUUUUUUUAAAUAUAUGUUGAAAUCCAAUUUUUUAUUAUUAUUUCGAAACAAAUUAGCUGGAGGUAUUAGGUUUUAGAUUGUAAGCAGAAACUCAAACAUUGUUUUAUGCAUUUUCUUAAAAAAAAAAAUUACAAGAGGAAUGGUAAAUACAAACAAAAAAAAUAUGGUUCUGGGAGCUACAGGAAAAAAGGGAAGCAAAACCAGCUGUAGGUGCAUUAGUAUAUUUUUGGAUGUUUAUAAAAGGAAAGCAAAGCAAAUAUAGUUAAAGGAAUGUCAAACAAUAAUCCUUCUUUAAAAAAAAAGCUCUAUGAUGAAUGCUUAAUAUUUAAACUACAGAACUGAAGGGAAGAGUCACUUUCAUUUUGAGUUUGGAGUUAAACUUGCAGACACAGAUGUUGCCCAUCUGCUAUACAUAUCACAACCUGCCAGCUCUAGAGUUCUGGAUUGUUCCACAGGAAAGUUCAGGAAGAUUCAAACCUGUCCUGCAUAAAAAAUACAUUAAACAAAAUUAUGUGGUAAUAAAGCUAGCUACUCACUGAUAUUAUGUACGGUAGGGUUAGCAUUCAGUAAACUGAGGGACAUUUUUGGUGUGUCAUAAAGGAGUAACAAAUGAGAAAGUCUGCAGAUUAAGUAAGCAACUUCAACACAGUUUUCAACAGUCACUACAUUUUCCUGUUUGUGGAGUUGCUUCCCCUGAACCAUCUGGGUUUCUCAAAUCUCAGCAAUUAGCACUUACAUGGAACAGCUGGAAAUCUGUAGCGACUCAUCAAAACCACGUUUAUCUUUCCAACUACAGCACAAUAUGUAACUGCUCAGCACACCGACGGUGGGAUUUGAUUGCUACAAUAAUUGGUGCUGUUUUUGUUACCUUUUUUUUUUGUGCUAUUCUUCCCUCACUUU